AUGUUGACGGGAUCCAGUAUCAGUGAAAAGAGUUGGAAAGAGGAUGAAGAAGAAGUAGACAACAGCUUGUACGAUGAAGCCCAGAUACAGUGGAGUGACUGCAUUUUCAUACCAUUUAACCCAUUAUUCCAAUUUCUCGUACUUCUUUGCGUACUCCAUAAGACUUUUCUGGGUCCAUUAGAUGGGUGUUUCAACAUAACAAUGUGCUCUAGUGUCUUCGACUAUAACAUCAUUACGCAGGGUAUAAGAUAUUUUUAUAUGGUGUUUGCAAACGGCAUAUACUUUUUGGACACUUUCCUUCAUAUUGUUCACAGACAAGUUACUGAUAAAGCGGUGAGAAGGGAGCACCUACCAAAAUCAGCAGUGUUAAUAUUAAUAGAUGUUCUAUCGCUGAUACCCUUCGACGAGUUGUUGGCGCCUGACACGUGUGUCAUUACAUUCUGGCCGCACAUCAUGAGUUUCCUGGAAUUUAUCAUCAUAUACAGGGUUGUAGAAUACUUUGAACUGACUAACACGCAUACAUGUUGGAAGCUGUAUGCUGGAUACACACUCACAAUUAUUUUAUGUGUGAAUUUCCUUACGUGUAUGAUGUUACUAUUAACGUUUCAUGGACUCUGCGCAGAUUGCAAAGGAACAGAGUAUUUUUAUGAUUGGAGAAAUUUUCUUUUUUAUUUUCAGAACGAAUCCGUGAGUGAUAAAUUCGCAUGGUACUUUUAUGGCUAUCAAUACGUAAUGUCGUAUAUUAUACAUCAUGUAUUUAAUGAGACAAAACCAUCGACAUUGCUUGAAUUCGGGAUCGCUUGUGCUCUGAUGUGUUGUGGCUGUAUACUUGACAUCGUUCUGUUGUUGCCCAAGUUAUUUUCCGAAGCCAUUUUAUCACUUAGAUGGAUCUCCACGUUUCACCCACAUGUCGAUAAGCUGAUACAAGAAACGAAGCGCAGAAACCCAUCUCCUACGGCCCACGUCAGUGUUAGAAAUUUCUACAACUUAAUGUGGACACAACGGGUUGGAAUCAUCAACAUACCGCAUAUUCUGACCGAGCUACCGAGAUAUCUACGAAUUGAUAUCCAACAAGACAUGAUAUGGCCUGUUUUCUUUCACAGUCCCACACUGAGGAAGACAUCCAGUCCGUACAAGAGAUUUAUCAGUGAUUUAAUACGACUAGACUACAAGUUACCUGGAGCAAGGUUUUUUGCAGGACCACAUUCGAAUACACAUUUAUAUUACUUGAAAUCGGGCAUCGUACAACUGAUUUCUACAGAUGACGGGUCGACACCUCUGCUAUCAGUGUCGGGAGGUACUCUUUUUGGAGAUAUAAGUUUCAUCAUCCCUCCUCUAAAAAGAAAAAUAAAAGUUAAAUGUUUAACGUACUGCGAAGUACUAUAUAUAACACGAAGUGAUUUAUUGAGAAGUUUACAUCGAUAUCCAGACGAUAGAAAAAACGUCUUUCAGUUAGCAAAAGAUAAAAUGCAACAUGCUAAGACCCUGUACAGCUGCAAACAAAACGUAAAAGGUUUGGACAGAGCGGAGGACGAAGGCUUGGACUGGGUCAAGAGACGAUGGUGGGAGAUAUCAGAUUGCGUUGAUUCUUACAAGAAAAAAUCCAAGCUAUCUCAAAAAUGUGAGAUGCCUUCCGAGGAAACGUUUUACCACUGUGCCAAGUAUCUCGGUCAACUGGUCCUGUGUAAUGAUUCACAAUUGAAAAAGUCAUCAUUAUUUGUAAAUGACAAGUUUCCGUGGGUAUUGGCGCGCAAUACGACGUUUAGUCACAUAUGGCAUUUCAUUAUCGUUAUGGUUGUAAUCUUCGUGUUAAUUACAUAUCCACCAAACUUGUGUAAAACACAAUUGCCCCCGUGGUUUCUUAAUAUGCAAUAUUUUUCGGAUUUUUUUUACAUCGCCGACAUUUUCGUAUCUUUGUCUACAUCAGUAAAUACCGACGAGUAUGGCGCUUCAGAUUUCGCUUCAGUUAUGUUGGUCAGAUUCAAGAAGCCUAGUUUUGUUUUGGAUGUACUGGCGGCUUUGUGGAUAGAAAUUAUUUCAAUUUGGGUUGGGAGUCCCCAAUACUAUUAUGUAUGUCAGUUUAAUCGGCUAAUUAAAAUAUAUAUAUUGUUUGACAGCAGUGGACGCAAUUGGAGCAUAGGCCAAGACCACAUAUUCCCAGUAUAUGUCAGAAUUAUUUUGAGUUAUUUUUCAUACCUGUACAUUACUGCAUUUGUAACAUUCUUGAUGAUUCGUUAUUAUCCCAUUUUUAGUCCUAGCUAUUUUUUUGGAACAUUCCACUGCGAUGAUAAUAAUUUAUCUGAGAGAGACUGUGCUUUCAAGAGCCUUGAGAGUGUAAUUGUUGCAACACAAUUCGUGUUUGAAUACACGUAUUCUGAAGUUCAACCAAAUACCAUGAUAGACAUAGCCGUUUACAUGAUAAUAUGUUACCAUGGAUAUCUUAUAGCCAUGUACUGCAAAUCUAUAUUUAUCGCAGGAAUGUAUUUGAAGUUUAGAGAUAGAGUGAACUAUCAGAGAUUCGUGACUACAUUGAGGAGUUAUUACCGCCAUCACACUAUUCAUAAGAAUUUAAUGCUAAGACUGGAGAGAUAUUUGGAGUGUCAUUGGAAACAUCACCACGGAGUAGAUGUUCUAAAUCCAAAUAAAUUGAAAGAUGAGCCAUACGAUAUAUUCUGGAAGGUGCAGGGUGAGGUGGCUGAAAAGAUUAUUGGCGAAUCAGACGCUUUUUACGACGCAGACCCGUCGCUUGUUAGAGAGCUAGCUUAUAUCGCUAAGUUCUUAAUAAUGCCGCAAAAUGCUACAAUGUUUUUGUUCGGUGUGAUAUGUAAAAAUAUUACUUGGAUAGUUCGAGGCUAUGUGAAAUGUGAGUACCACAACGAAAAAGGAGAUGUGCUGAAGAGGUUUUAUGGACCUGGUGAUAUGAUCAGUAUGACUCCCGUUUUGUUAGGGAAACCAUCGAUUCGGACGUAUGUUGCAUAUACAGAUUGUGAGAUAAUACACAUUAGAGUGACAGAUUUUAACAAUAUCAUGAAACGCUAUCCGCAUGAAUGGGUCUACCUAACGAAUACUAUAAAGGAAUUCACUUCUCAAUUCGAUGAAAUCUAUGACAAUUAUAUCAUAAAGCAUUCCGAUUAUUUACAAAAAAUCCGUGAGAAGGUAUUUGACGCGAAGAAGUUUAGCGAUAGAUCUCAGACUGCGAUCGUGCAAAACACAGGCAAAAUAGAAACAAAGAAGAAACCUCCUGAGCAGGCAGAAUUAUACGUGAGUCCCGACUCGAGUUUGAUGAAAUUUUGGAUGGUAUUUAGAGCACUAACAGUGUUGAUAUCGAUUGUAACGGUGGCUUUAUUAGGUGGUGGUGGUGUGUUCUACAGAUGGUAUUUAAACUUUUUAGUGACUAUUUGUGAUGCAAUCUCUUUGAUGGAUAUUGUACUGAAGUUUUUUUUGGCUUAUUACGACGAAAGGGGUAUAUUGAUCACGUCCAGACAAAAGACAAUGGCACACUACCUAACGCGUGGGUUCUGUAUGGACGUCAUUGGAUGCGUUCCUUGGGACCAUGUUCUUCAGAUGUUAUUAUCGAGGGAGCUGGACGAGGGCUCUCUGAACUUGAUCAAUACGACGGCGCGUUUCGCUCAUUUGUACAUUUUAACCGGGUUCUUGGACUAUUUAGCCGAUCGACCGUCGUCUAUUAGUGCAAUCAUUAAGAUUGCUAAAUGGCAAGUCAUAACGCUUCUUCUAACACUCGCUGGUAGCCAUUUUCUCAUAACUAACUGCAUAAAUUUCACUUUUGAUAAUGAUGACAACCUUGUGAAUAUGACUCGUCUUGAUACUUGCUGGCUACCUUCUUACAUGACGAUUGAUGACCGCCCCACCAACGAUCAAUUGAAAAUGUUAUUUGCGCAUAGUAUAAAUUUGGCGCAGUCGGGUUUGUUGGGUAUGAAUUUAGGGAAGUUUAGAAUAAGAGAGAAAGGAAAUAUACUAGUAGCAAUCAACUUAUUCGUACUUGGAGUAGUGAAUUGGUUUGUCGUUGCAUACUCAUUGACGUUAUUAGUACUUAUAUCAAGGAGCGAUACAUUAUUCCAACAUGGCGUUCGUCAGUUACAAACAUUUUUAACUGCAGAAAGAGUCGAAAAGAAACUUAUUAAGAGAGCAGUAGCUCAUUUCAGCUACUGGUGGAUAAGGACCAAAGGCAUUAAUAUUCAUACUUUGAUAUUCGAUCGUAUGGGAGUCAUUUUCAGGCAAGAUCUGAGUUACUACUUCUACAAAGCAACAUAUGCCUCUUUAGACACAUUGCUUGGAGGUGGUGAACAGUUCCAAAGACAAUUGUCGAGUCAGAGCUCCCAACUUUAUUUUAUUCCACGCGAAGAAAUCAUGAGAGAAAUGGAUUUGAUGCCUUACAUUUAUGUCGUGCAUAGAGGGAGAGUGAUUAUAUCUCAAAAUGAAGAAAAAAUUACCAUUUUGACAAAGGGUGCAAUAUUUGGCCAACUGUCUGGUACCGUUCCUCGGCCAGUCAAAGUGAGUGUGACGGCGGACGGGUACACUGAUGUCUUGCAAAUGUCUAUAAAGCAUUUCGAUGAAGUUCUCACUGAUAAAAUCAGGGAAAAUAUAAAAAACAAUCCCCAAUCACGUAACGACUUCAUGGCGACCAAGAAAGCUCAACCUGAGAAUCCUUACAACACAGUCAGAUACAUUUUACGAGGUCGGAAAACUAUCAAAUUGCCGUGGAUGACAGUGGCGAGGGAAGCACAUAGAGGUAAUUGGUACAGCAGGUGGCUUUUCAUAGCGUGCCUGUACGGCCCCGCCGCUACUGCGUAUAUGACGUUCAUUCUUUUCAUAUUACCUCCAGGAGGCGCCUCCAUUUUCUUGUCGACCACAUUUAUAGUUUUCGACCUAGUGCAUUUGGCACAUACUAUAUCUGAGUAUUUUAAUUUAGAAGUGACAGUAAUUGGAGACAAGUGUAUGAACGUGAAAAUAGGUCCCCGCCUUUUCAGAAGCUGGAAGUUCUAUGUAAAUAUAUUUUCACUGGUGGUGCCUGUAGUAACACUGAUAUUUGACCAUUGGAUCUAUUAUCAGAUUUCGAGGCUGGCCAGAUUGCAUCUAUUGUACGAAUUUCACAAACAUUUAUGUAAAACUUUCAAGAGCCAAUGGUCGUCGAUUUCAUUGAAGUUUAUAAUUUUGACAUUGCUUUUGCAUUCGAUGACAUGUGGUUGGAUAUAUUUUGGCUGUAGAGGUGGUUGUGCUCGAAUCACUCGAAGUUUUUUUGAUGAACAUGGUUCAAGAAGAGUAUCUUUCGUGACUCCAAAACACUGGUCUUCGGACUACAUCGUAGCGCUGACUUUCAUAGUGUUAUUGCAGACACAUACUACUUUGAACACUGUCAUGCAAGUGAACACCACUCAGAUCUAUUACAAGAUUGUUAUCAACUUCAUUUUGUGCCUGACUAAUAUAUGGCUCAUGAGCGUGGCGGUUGGCGCUAUAUACACGAGGUUUCGAGAACUGUACCAGUAUGACUUCAGCGUGAGGACUUUGAACAUAUACCUUCAACAUAGCGGACUCUCCCCCUCGCUUAUUCGGUCUGUGGUGGAGUAUACUAACCACUUGUGGCAUAGGCAAAGAGGCAACUGGCUCCCAGAACUAGCUCACCAAGCACCUGACUGUCUCCGUGAAGACAUCCUCAGUGCUCUAUACUUGUAUCAUAUCCUAACACCGCCUCUGUUCAGACAACUGCCUGAGUACUUCACAAGGCAGUUGGUAGCCAGAGUUGGGAGGGUUGUUGUGUUCCCAGGGAAGUGCAUAGUCCAAGAGGGUGACAUUGUAGCUACAAUGUACUUCAUACAUGAAGGUGAAGUAGAGAAAUGGUACAAUUUCUUCAGUCCAGAAAAGAAGUUGGCCUCAUUAUUGACCACAAACGGAUAUUUUGGAUUCGUCCCAGGACUGUUCCCGAAUACAAGAUUCCAAUAUACCUACUACACACGAACGGUGGUUGAUCUUGUAUAUUUGAGAUUGAAAGAGUGGCAGGAUCUAUUGAACGCGUAUCCGGACAUAAAAAUGAAUUUAUAUCAAAGUGCUAAACACCUUAAGUCCAGGGAGUUUAAGAAAGAUGGAGUACCGUCACAGAAAGAUUUCUAG